CCUGUUUUAGCCUCACCUCUACCUCAAUUCUUUAUAAUUCCCUCCCUCGAAUCUUUUCAAAUAACUCUCUCGUCUUUUAGCUGCAUUGAAUAUUAUGACGGCCGAGAGCCUCACGUGCAAGCUCGAAGGCGAGGAUACUGUGUGCGUUGGCGGUGACCUUCAUAUCUCAUUUCGUCGUACGAUUCGAGUCCCAGACAAUCAUCAAGCAUCUUUUCUACCACCAGAUCUUGGGGCAUUCCCUCUGAGCCCUGUCUCGCGUUAUGCUGAUAAGCUUGCCCCGAACAUGGCGGUGAAAGGCGGGCUUUUCUUUCCAAUGCAUCAAUCUGAGGCCAUGUGGAUCAAUCUACAUUGCACUGGGCAAGAUUGGCAUUGCCAGAAGUACAUGAUCAAAAUCUACGUCGGCGGAAUCAACGCCAUCUCAGGCGAACCAGCCGUGGAGACGGCUGCGACGAGGCUGCGGCGUCUUGCAAAACUUGCGGCAUCUAAGCCGUCGCGGAGCAUUUACAGCUCGUCAGUCAAUCCGUUGCAGGAUUACGUGGUUGUUCCAGCCCAGUUGUGGUUGGAUGGCAUUGCGGAUACUGAUGGGACUGUCCGUCAAUUUGUGGCCAUGCCAUUUGGUAGUGGAUAUUCAGUCGAGUCCCAAAUCACUGGGUUGGACGCAACGGGCGGGAUCCAGAUUGAGGUUACUCCUUAUAACCGCCCAAUACCCACCCCUCCUCAUCGGGCGCCUUUCUUCGGGAAAAGCGAAUUUGAAAUUAUCAUGAAGGGUUUGACUGGGAAAACAUUAAUCGUGCGGACAGGACACCAUGACACUGUCGCUAAGCUGAAGGCGAAGUAUGAAGACCGGUGGGGAAUUCCCCGGGACCAACAGCGUCUCAUAUUCGCGGGAAGGCAACUUGAAGAUUCAUGGCUGGUUGGUGAAUCCGGUAUUGGGGAAGAGGCUACCAUCAACGUCGUUCUUCGGCUCCGAGGCGGAGGUGGCCCUGUUCACGAGAUGAGCGUGGCAGCUGGUGGAAAGAUCAAACAGGUGAUUGCACAAGACCCGGACCCCAAUGGAUGGCUAGGCUCAAAGACAACCGUUUUCAAUAUCCAGAUUGUCAAUUCUGCUGUUUACCGCGCUGUGACUGGAGCCAGUCCACCAAUGUUACCUCUCGACGCCCGUACAUACACACAAUAUGGCUUCCCGUUCUUCGCUAUAUAUGAGGAGCCAAGCGGCAUAUCAGGAGACUUCAGUCUAGUCCAAUCGGUGGCCCAGAUAGAUAAGGAGGAUGACGAGGAGGAGGCCCAGCCGAAUGUGGUUCCAAUUCUCAGCAGGAGUGAUGGAAGUGUUGCAAUGAAAUCUCCAUCGGAUAGUAUUGUUAAUCCGGCCGGUCCUCUACGUGAGUUCCGUACCGUGGCCGAUCUUCAGAAGGAAUUUGAGAAUUACGAGAUUGCCGAUUUCUGAACACGAAUCUGUUGGGCUCUUACUCUUUGGUUUUUCUUCCUUUCGUUGGUAUCCGGAUUCAUCAACAUGGUUUCCGAACGUCUCGGGAUCUAUUCCUUAGAGCAACAUCUCGUGUGUUAUUUGUGGC